AAUCUACCCCCUUUAUUCACGCCGCAUUCACUUCACUCUCACACCUCAAACACAGUCUUCUUCUCCAUUUCCAUCUCCAUCACCCCCCAUUUUCCUAUAAUUUACACCAUUAUUCUUCACCCAAUUAACAAUGGCAGCAGAUGCCCUCACCACUUGCAAACACACCCUCUUCUCCUUCAUAGUCUCCCACCCUCUCUACUUCUCCUACCUCAUCUUCUUCUCUCCAUUCCUCUUCAAAUUCUUCCUCUUCAUCUUCUUCUCCCCUCUCUUUCUCACCACCUCUCUCCUCCUUAUCCUCGCCACCACUCUCCCUCACUCCAAUAUCCGAUUCCUUACAUCAAUCUUCAAUAAUAUUAACAUCCGGUUCAAAGUUAACGACGUAGACCAGCAGAAUGAAGAGUUUCGUGAGUUUGAAGAUCUUGAGAUUUAUAAAACUGUGUUUGAUUCUCCGCCUUUGUUAACUGUCGGUGAGGAUGAUGAUGAGGUGACGGUUACGGAUGAGCAGAGAAGCUUAAGGUUAGAGAGGUUGUUUGAAGAAUUGGAUCGGUUUGAAGGUUGUACGGAAACUGCUGAGAUGAACCAGAUCGAAGAAAAUAUUCGAGAAUUUCAGAAAUUAGGACCGGUUUCUGAUGAAGAUGAGAAAACUGAUGAAAAUUCGUUAUCUCUGAACUCAAAUUCAUGGCGAUCGGAAUCUUCUAGUAGCUUCGGAAGCUGUGGAUCUAUCGGAGACGAAACGACGACGACGACGACGACGUUUGAGACGAAGAAGAAGAACGAAACGAAAUCGUACGUCGAAAAAGUCAUCGGAGAGUUACAGAAAUCAAAUUCAACGGUGGCGAUUGAAGCGAAGAAGAAGACGAAUAGCGAAACGACGUCGCAUGUACGAAAAAUGUUACUAAAGUUAGAGCCGGUGACGUCAUCAAUCACCGGUGAAGAACAACAGAUAACCGUGAAAUCAAAUUCAACCGCGAACGAAACGACGUCGCAUGUUAGAAAAGCGUUACAGAAAAAUUCAACCACAGCGAUACCAGUUUCCGGUGAAGAUCAGAUGAAAAAUAACGAAACGACGUCGUCGCAUGUGAAAAAAAUGCUACAAAAACUAGAGCCGGAGCUGGAGCCAGUGCCAGUUACAGUCUCUGGUGAAGAAGAUGAGAGGUAUGAAAUUGAAAACACAUUCUCUUUGAGAACAAAUUCAUGGAGACUGGAUUCUUCUGGAAGCUUCGGGAGCUACGGAUCGAUGAGGAAGGAGAAAGAAUGGAAGCGCACGUUAGCAUGCAAGCUGUUUGAAGAAAGAAACAAUAAUUCAGAACGAGGUGAAGAAGGUAUGGAUUGUCUAUGGGAGGCGUAUGAAGACGAUAAUUCGAGUAAGAAACCGAAGAAUCGAAAGGAAGCGAUGAGGAAAGAGGAGAAGGGGAUGAUGAAGAAGAAGAAGAGUGAGUUUAAGUGUUUUGAAGAUGAGGAUGAGGAUGAGGAUGAGGAUGAGGAAUUUAUGAGGAGUGGGCAGUUGUGUUGUUUGAAGGCUUUGAAGUUGUCUACUGGGAAGAUGAAUUUGGGGAUGGGGAAGCCGAAUCUUGUGAAGAUUUCGAAAGCUAUUAAAGGGUUUGGUUGGUUGCAUCAUGUUGGGAGUAAACAUGGUAAAAAGAAUUAGGUUUGAUGUGUUUGUUAAUAUAUUUUUUUGUUACUUCUUUGUUUUUGGUAAUUUGUUUGGUUUAUAUAUUUUUUAAAUA